AUGCACGGCGGAAUCUGAGAAAAAGCACCCCUGGUCUUCAUACACCCCCCCCCCCCCCCCCGCCCGUCUCAGCAGGAAGAGGAGGAGGGAGCCACUAGUCAGAGUUUCUCCACGGCUGUCUUCUUGUUGCCACGGUGACCUGAUCCCGCUCCCAACCAGAUCCAGAUCCCAACAAGAUCCAAAUUGGAAAGGAAAUAGGGAAGGAUCGCCGCACCCGGCUGCUCCCUUGGGAUGGGGCAGCGGAUGGUCGCCGAUUGGAGGGCGCUGUGGAAGUAAGGCCCCGGGAACGCCGUGGAAGUAAGGCGCCAGCGCACGUCGCCUGGGAAUGCCCAUGCACCAGACCAGCGUGGUCCCGGCCAGGGAGGGCAACGCCAACGGCAGGAGCGCCCCGCGGCCCAAACACAGGAAUGAGGCGAGCUCCACAGCGGGACAAGCUAGCGCCUCAAAGACGUCCAUCAGCCCGUCUCCUCAGGACAUUUGCAGUGUUGGUCAGCUGACCUGCGUGAAGGAGAAUGUUCCAAUCACCAAGAGCAUACAUCCGGUGUCCAGCCCGGGCCGGCGCCCCCCAGCCCAGGCCCCCAAGAAGCAGGUGAAGCGCCGCCACCGCCGCAGGAGGCACCAUGUCACCGCCCUCCGCUGCGUGGAGGCCGACGCUGCGUGCGACCCAGCGGACCCCGGCGAGUGCAGCCUCAGCGGCGAGUUGAGCGAGAGGCGGGAGCGGCCCUGGCGGGGAAGCCGGGAGUCGGUGCCGCGCCUCCGCUGCUCGGCCGCCUUCCGCUCGGACUCCACCUCCUCGGAGGAUGCGCCACCCCGGCACCUCCGCAGCUGGAGCGAGGAGAAGUCGCGGCGCCGCAGCCGGAGCAAAGGCAGGGAGGACGUGACGGAGGUCAUGGAGCUGCAGUCGGUGGACUCGGACGAGGGGAAGGAGAACCAUCCCCUGGCGGAGGGUGGAGGUGGCGACGGCCUGAAGAAGCGGUGCAGCGGCGGCUGCCCGACGACUGGGGACGACCGGCGUUCGCCCAAGGACGGCUUGCAGAGCGAAGACGACGACGGCAGAGGUCGCAAGUCAAGAAGCACGGUGGACAGCUCCUCGCCGGUGGAGGAUGGCGAGGAGCUCAUCACCAAGAAAUACCAGGAAAAGGGGUCAGGGGGCGGGGACAUGUCUGUGCCCACGCCUCGGAAGCGGUGCGACGUGCCUCAGAUGUGCUCCGAUGAUUCUGAGACGGAGGUGUGCAGGAUCUGCCACUGCGAGGGCGAUGAGGAGUGUCCCCUCAUCAUGCCGUGUCGCUGCACGGGCAGCCUCAGCUUUGUCCACCACGCGUGUCUCUACCAGUGGAUCAAGUCAUCAGACACGCGCUGCUGCGAACUCUGCAAGUUCGACUUCAUCAUGGAGACCAAACUCAAACCCCUACGCAAGUGGGAGAAGCUGCACAUGUCCAAGAGCGAGAGGAGAAAGAUCUUCUGUUCCGUCUUGUUCCACCUGCUAUCCAUCAUGUGCAUGCUGUGGUCAGUCUACGUCCUGGUCAAGAGAACCACAGAGGAGAUCAAACUCGGCAAGAACGAGGAGUUAUGGAGGGUUUCUCUUCUCAAGUACUAUACUCCAGAGGGCGUGCUGGAGUGGCCCUUCUGGACCAAACUGAUCGUGGUGGCCGUGGGCUUCACGGGGGGGCUGAUCUUCAUGUACAUCCAGUGCAAGGUCUACCUGCAGCUGUGGUGCCGCCUCAAGGCCUUCAACCGCAUCAUCACCGUGCAGAGCUGCCCCGACAAGAACCCCCAGCGCCGCCCACCUGGCCAACGGCAAGCACGACACGGCCGAGGUUCCUGUCGGCCCGGUCCCGGGGACCCACCUGGACUCUGACACCUCCCUGGAGGCGGCCGUGGCGCCCAUGCAGAACCCGGUGUGACAUCGGGACCGGCAUCAAGGGCGUGUGGCCAGCAGGGCCGACGGGGUUCUUGGUCCAUGGAGGCUGGAGAUGAAGAGCAGGCCUCGACGGAUCCAGGGGGGCUGCUUUUGUUCGACUUUUUCCACACGCCGACGACAUCUUUCACUUGUUGACCUGCAGCGACACCUUCAAUGUGCUUUUAAGCCCCUUUCACACAGCCCCCUUUUGGAUGACCAGUACGGCACCGAUUGGGGGCCCUCUGAGAUGGUAUGGGACCAAAAUGAUGCUGGAAAGGUGGACACUCGUUUCUGCUGCCCUGCUGAGGUGAAAGACAAGAUGGUCAGCGUCCCAACGUGAACACGUACCAGGUGGUUCCAUCGGGGGGAGGGGGGGGGGGCUAUGUUCACGUGAGGUAUCUGUAAAGCUGCCGUUUAGAAGUCGUCCUUGACUGGCUGUCAUGAAAUAGAGAACAUAUAUAUUCUAUUAAAUACACCACAGCACUAUUUCUGGACGCCCCAUUAACGAGCACCCACACCGCAGUUUGAGGAAAUGCAGUGUUGGAUGUGGCACCACGAACAGGAAGUUAAAAAAAGGCUACUUCAUUGCAGUUUGCAGACGGCUCCUCUCCACAAGACCAACGUUAUCUGUAUCUCCUCACCGAGAACAUCCACUUGCCAUCAACUAAUUUCUAAAAACGUUAUCACAUGGUACUCUCUGCAGUUAAGUAACAAUGCCCGCCAGAUGAGGAAAAGCCAAAAGGCGAAAGGAAAGGUCAUUCUCUGCUCCAUAAAGAUGCGGUAAAGGUUUAUUUUGGUCUUCCUUUGGACACCAAAGCAGCGUCUAGAAGCCUUAUCCUGGUCUCCUGACGGUCGUCUUCAGCCAAAAGGCCAAGGCCAGAUGGCGUCUUUGAUGAUGACCACUUUGGUAUGACAAGGAUCCCUUUUCCUGUCUAACAAGGAAUAAGAACAGUCCACCUCAGCUAUGCUCUACCACUUCCUUUACAUCUGGCGCCAUCUGCUGGUUAAAGUUAGACAGUGCCGCUCAAAGGUUUGGAGACAUCCUCCAGCCCGCUAAUGUGAAGGUGUCUCCAACCUGUGGGUCCUACUGUAGGUCAACUGGCGUCACACAUCCUUUCCAUUCCUCCGUCUUCUUCUUCUUCAGAAGCCUCGUUCUUCUCCUCUCCCACGUCCAUCACUUCCACGCCUUUGCUUGAAACCUUUCUCAGCUUAAUGUUUGGAAGUUUCUUCAGGUCUCCCGUCCACUCCCUGCAUAAUGGAAAAAGGAACAGUUGCGUCACCCCAGCACCCCCUCAAAAACAAAGCAACAGACGGCUUCCUCACUUCCAUGCACUUGUCCUAAAUGUCUUCUAUGAUUGGGAAUUAUCUUCCAAGUCCUUUGCUUUUUUUAAGCUAAGGCUAAGCUACAUUUUCGUCCACUUGGGUUGGUGUAUUUUUCAUCAAAAUGAAAAAUGUUUUUGACUCAUUUAACCUCUGUCCAUCCAUCUUCUAUGCCACUUAUCCUCAUCAGGGUCGCGGGGGUGCUGGAGCCUAUCCCAGCUGUCUUCAGGCCAGAGGCGGGGUCCACCCUGGACUGGUGGCCAGCCAAUCCCAGGGCACAUAUAGACAAACGACCACUCCCACCCACAUUCAUACCUAUGGACAAUUUGGAGCGGCUAAUGAAGCUAACAUGUAACCUGAAUUUCAUUUCACCUUAGCUCUGACAAAACAAAAUGUAGAAGACAAUUACAAACAAUACAGAACAUAUUGAAGCAAAGCUGAAGAAUCAUGUCAGUGAGCCUUGAAGCCAGCUUGAAAGCAGCCAAAUCCAGCCAUCCCUCAUUGUCCCACUCCCUCACCAUACGGCGCCUUUCCAACAAUAUCAUAAUAAUAAUUAUGAUAAGGGACUAUUAUUAGUCUAAAAGUAGAGAAGGCCAGGUUGUGUGUAGCAUCGUGGUCACCAGGCAUCAGUAGCGGAGACCGGCCCCUGAGCCAGCAGGGCCCAGCCCACAGGUUCUCCUCCCAUCCCAUGUAGAAGUGGUAGGUUCUUGUCACCUUGGUCCUUCUUCCCCGCUCCGUUUGAAAGGCUUCUUAAGUUAAGAAUACUUACACAAAGUACAUUGGAGAGGCUAACUACUAACUACUAGCUCGGUAGCUUGCUAUGCUAGUAUUGGCAGUAGAGAAAAGGACCGUACGGGUAAUCUCGCCUCAUUGAUUUUUUUUAAAUAAUGGAUUGUCUGAGCUAUUUUGAAUGUGAUGGUGUUUAUGGGCAUGAGGUCACACCGCCAUCAUCACACACCCCAAGCGUGAAUGAAACAAAAGUGAGGCCAGAAAUGCCACCGGCAAACAAAGUCCACCAUGAUGCAAGAUAUCAAGUAGACACAUUCCAAGUGUGAAAAGGAGUCACUGCACGCACCUGAAGGUUUUCAGGUGUUUUGUGUUGAUGAAGUCUGGGAUCUCUGAGGCAGACGGGAAGCACAUCAAACGCAAUGUGGAGUACUGAUGAAGGAUUUGUGUCCUACACGCUCACCUAAGCCCACGCUCUCGUACUGCGCUCGCUCCCGCUCGAUAUUCUGCUUGAUGGCGCUCUCUCUGGCACCGUGCAGACGACCUUGACGACCCUUGAUGCUGUUCACCAGCUCAAUCUGCUCCAGCUCUGAAUCAAACCUCUGGAGGUACCUACACACACACCAGAUACAAUGAAGGAAAUACUGUGGUAGUCAUGACAUGGAAAACCACUUUCUAAAUACACUUCUAUCACUAUUAGAGUCCACUAGACAAGACAUAACACCCCUAUAGUCACCUUUACACUCAUAUUGCCCAAUAUAAUAGACAUAAUAAGAUAAAAUAAUAUAUAGAAAAGCCGUUUACCAGCGUUUUCUGAAUUACCGCUUCUUCUCCAUGCACCCCAUUUCUGUUUCUCUGACUCACAUUCCACAAACUACUUCACAGGUCAUGAUGCCCUGCUCACCUCUCAAUGACGUCACAAGCAUCUUUUUUGCUGUAACUGGUCUUUUGCGGGUCCAACUGCGCCUGGAACCACAGCAGCUUCUCUCCUACGUGUGACAAGCUAACAUUAUGACAUAAUGCAUAAAGACAUAAUAGGUAUGACAAGCUAACACUAUGACAUAUUGCAUGGAGACAUAAUAGGUAUGACAAGCUAACACUAUGACAUAAUGCAUGGAGGCAUAAUAGGUGUGACAAGCUAACAUUGUGACAAGCUAACACUAUGACAUAAUGCAUGGAGACAUAAUAGGUGUGACAAGCUAACAUUGUGACAUAAUGCAUAAAGACAUGAUGGGUAUGACAAGCUAACACUAUGACAUAUUGCAUGGAGACAUAAUAGGUGUGACAAGCUAACACUGACAUAUUGCAUGGAGACAUAAUAGGUGUGACAAGCUAACACUGACAUAUUGCAUGGAGACAUAAUAGGUGUGACAAGCUAACAUUGUGACAAGCUAACACUAUGACAUAAUGCAUGGAGACAUAGCAACAGACCCCGAACCUACGACCAUCUUACCGAUGGUGUUCAGACGUGCUGCCUUGUCAAUCUUCUGUCUGCAGCAACACAAAACAACUUAGCAUUUUUUCACAACACUUAAAAUAAAUCUAUUCAUUCGAAGGAACCUUUCUUUCUUCUUUAGCCGUAUUUCCUCACUGGCCAAGUAGGCAGCUUUCCUGCUAUACGGAUGGACAACCUUUUCCGCGGGUUUGCCCUUCGGUUUGCGAUUCUUCGGCUGGAAGUACAAUCACGGAUUAAAUGCAGAUUUCAUAUAUUAGUCUUGUUUUACAAUUAAUAGUUUCGGGUGCGUGAUAACGCUGCAUUACCAUUUUUUCUCCUGGCCAACUCGUGCUGCCCACUGUUGACAAAAAAAAAACAGGAACGGAAGCGGAAGCAGUACGUCUAUAAAAUAGGACCGGGCGGAAAAAUGUCCUUUUUAAAAAGUCCUCCUAUAAAGACAGCGGUAAAAACGACGUAGACCGUUUGCUUUAAGUUGUGUUUUUCUUUUAAUAACAUUGAUUAAAAUGAUGUUUUAUGCGAUCUAAUAUACACAAUAUUGACACACGAUAAUUAUUUUGACUAAUGUGAAACAAACAUGCCACAGUGAAUCAGUACGAUCACAUACAUGAAAUAGAUAUCCACAUCAUCAUACAAUUUAUUAAUUCAUUCAUUUUUUACCACUUAUCCUCACAAGGGUCGCGGGGUGCUGGAGCCUAUCCCAGCCGUCUUUGGGCAGAGACUGGUGGCCAGCCAAUCACAGGGCACAUAUAGACAAACAACCAUUCACACUCACAUUCAUACCGAUGGACAAUUUGGAGUGGCCAAUUAAGCUAACAUGUUUUUGGAAUGGGGGAGGAAACCGGAGUCAUCAUAAAAUGAUAGACCAUAGACCACAUCCCUGAUCUGAACCCCCAUCCAGUACACUGCGUCAGUUUUAGUAUCAAAUAAGUAUAUCAUAGUACACUUGAAUAAAGGCCUUUUUGCUAUGACAGGAAGUGUGUCCUGGAGCUUCACAUGGGGUCGUUUUGCCACCUUAGCUAGCUCUUGCAAACAUUGGUCCUUUUUAUAACCCAUCAUUCUAUUCCGCACGUGCCAUUGGGGGCGCUGUAAAACUUGCAAAACUCAAUCUGUGUUUUGUUUCUCUGUUUCAUGUAAAAAAACAAACAACUUGUUAUGGGGCAGAAAUACUGGAGCCCCGUGACUUCUGCCUAGCAACAAAGCCCUAGCAGGGAGUCACCAAAGUUUGGAGAAUGAAAUGGCUGUUGAGUUUUUUUUAGAGUAAUGAGUAUUCAUCCCAGUGACUGGUCUU